CGGGGGCGGGAGGGCCGCGGGGCUGGAGGCAGAGGCCGGGGCUGGAGCCGGGGCGUCGCGGUUCACAGCUGGCCGGGGACACUGGUGGUGUCACACAUGUAACACAAACGGGCGUGACCCGCCUAGCACAGAGCGUGGGGCUCCCUCGGUCUCGGCCGGGCCCGCUCCGCUGUCCCUGCGCAGGCACCGUGUCGCGGUGAGAAUGCCACUGCACGGGCCCCGGUUCGCUUCCCUUGGUCAGUUGGUGUCCCCACACGUUAUUGGCGAUUCAAAUUCUCUUCUGAAGGCUGAGUGAGGUCCUGGGUAUUCGGGGCUUUUCAGUGACGUUCAUCUGUGUGUCAUCUGAGGCUUAGGAACCUUCGUUUAUUUUAAAGACGUCCCUUUGGUAUCCAGUUAUUAUGCAGGUAAAAUUAUUUGCAGUUUUGGGGUGGAAAAGAGUGGCCAGAAAUAAUAAAGGUCAAAAGUACAAGUGUAUUUGGUGACCUGAGGCCUCUGCUCCACAGUAUAUAGCACUUCAUGCUUGCUGUGCUAUUGAAUCUUUCUAAAUACCACCUUAGAGCAUCAAGGUAGGUAUCUGGAUAGCAAAGGGAAAAGGUGGGAUCAUCUUGAAAAGUCUGGGUUGUCACCGUACAGGAAGUUGGUGGCAGCCAGAAUCUAUUUCUAAUAGAAAUAUUUCUGUAACACUGAACUGAGCACCUCUUGUGUUUUCCUGCAGUGUCCUGCCUGUUUCCCUCUGAACAAACGGGCCAUUUCCCUUAGCUUCCUUCACUGCGUACUGCUCAGUCCCAGGGAACCUCUGUGCUUGGGAGGGUGGAGCUUCCAUGGGAAAGCACACCACGUGCAUUGCCGGGCAAGCUGUAACUCCGUGAGCACAAAGGAGCUGAAUUAAGGCUAUAAAGUGGCAGGAAGUUUCAACAAGAGAUAAAGCUUUCAGCUUUGCCUGGCAAUAUGUGUUCAUUUCUGUUCUUCCCUUGUGAUUUCCCUUGUGUUUGAGGCCUCUCUACAUCUGAUGAGGCAAACCAGUUCAAGUUCUAUACUAUGUUGUGGCUGUCCUCUUGGAAUUAAGUAUUUCUCCAGCAUAGAUGCCAUAUCAAAAGGAUGAAGACUCAAAAGGAGAAGAUACCGUGCAUGUGAUUUAUACAGACUUAAGUGCAAAAGACUUCAUCUAGGACAUUUUUAGCUGAAAUAAAUAAAUAGGAGAUGACUGCCCAUGCAGGAAUGUGUGCAGCGGAGCUGGGUGGUCGAAGGAUUAGCUCUGCUGGAUUUAGGAGUCUCGCCAUACUCUGGAGCUAUUUUUCAUGAGACCCCACUGAUAAUCUAUCUCUUUCACUUCCUAAUUGAAUAUGCUGAACUGGUGUUCAUGAUAACUGAUGUGCUAACUGCUGUUGCCCUUUACUUGGCAAUCCAGGACUUCAACAAAGUUGUGUUCAAAAAGCAGAAGCUCCUAAUAGAACUGGAUAAAUAUGCACCAGACGUGGCUGAACUCAUCCAGACACCCAUGGAGAUGCACUACAUCCCCCUCAAGGUAGCACUCUUCUACCUGUUAAACCCCUACACUGUGAUGUCUUGUGUGGCAAAGUCCACCUGCGCCAUCAACAACUCUGUUAUUGCAUUCUUCAUUUUAGCUACAAUAAAAGGUAGUGCCUUCCUCAGUGCUGUGUUCCUGGCCUUAGCAACAUACCAGUCACUCUACCCUCUCACACUGUUUGCUCCAGCACUGCUUUACCUUCUACAGCGCCAGUUCAUACCUAUCAAACUGAAAAGCAAAAGUUUCUGGCUCUACACCAUGCAGUAUGCAUCCCUGUACCUGUGCAGCCUGGUGGUGAUCAUCUGCCUCUCCUUCUUCCUGCUCAACUCCUGGGAUUUUAUCCCCUCUGUUUAUGGGUUUAUCCUUUCUGUUCCAGACCUGACACCCAAUAUUGGCCUUUUCUGGUACUUCUUUGCAGAGAUGUUUGAACACUUCAGUCUUUUCUUUGUAUGUGUGUUUCAAAUCAAUGUGUUCUUCUACACCAUUCCCUUGGCAAUAAAGUUGAAGGAACACCCUGUAUUCUUCAUGUUUGUCCAGCUUGCCAUCAUUUCUAUCUUCAAGUCCUAUCCCACCGUGGGAGACGUUGCGCUGUACAUGGCCUUCCUUCCAGUCUGGAGCCACCUUUACAGAUUCCUCCGGAACAUCUUCAUCCUGUCAUGUGUGCUCAUUUUCUGCUCCUUCCUGUUCCCUGUUCUGUGGCAUCUAUGGAUUUAUGCAGGAAGUGCCAACUCCAAUUUUUAUUAUGCCAUCACGUUGACUUUCAACAUAGGGCAGAUCCUGCUCAUUUCGGAUUAUUUCUAUGCCUUCCUCCGUCGGGAGUACUACCUCACUCACGGGCUCCACCUGACAAGGCAGGAUGGGACAGAGGCCAUGCUGGUUUUGAAAUAAGGACUGGACCAUGAUUUCCUGGGACACGGGCCACUCCAAGGAACAUGCAAAGUUUGGGGUGCGUGGGGCGGGUGGGGAAGGUUCCCUGAAUGAGGUCUGACUUUGGGAAUGAUACCGACUGAAAGAAAGGGCUGAAGUUCUGGGAAUAGCCCCCUGAGCUGCAGGCUCAGCACAGACUGUCAGAGCUGCAGUGCCUCCCCCACAGCUGUGCUUUUCACUUUGACUUCAGCCAUCAGUUGCUCUGGGCAGUCCAGCAGGAGCAGGAAUGUCUGAGCUAAACCCAGGGCUGGAGCUCAGACCAUGAACUGUUUUCCACCACUGCUUCUUGGAGAUGUUUGCUUCUCUGGGGAUCUUCCCCUUCACUGCUUUGACCAGUAACGCUCCUGCUUGGCACAAGGCAGUCUCUGGGUACCUGGUGCCCCUGCCCUGGCUGCAGAGUCCAUUUCUUGGUGGUUCUGCUGUUGAGGGAUCUGGAAGAAUCCUGUGUGCUCAGUCACAGUGGGUGCUGUGAAAGGGGUGGGUGACCAAGAAUGAUGACCUUGGAUGACAGCUGGAGCUGCUGCCACACCUGGUAACCUCAGCACUCAAACACAAGGAGGAGCCAGAACUGGGAUGGGAUCAGGAGCAAGGUGGGUACCAGGUAACUGCUCUAUCAGAGCAACACAGCCAUGCCAGGAGCUGCACAGAGGCAUUGCAGGUCUCAGAGGGAAUACUACUGAGGAGAUGGACUCCCACUGCUCCCAGUUUCUGUUGGGUGACAAAGCCUGGCAGUGCUGAUCUCACACUGUGCUGCUGUGAUCACUUGGGGCAGCAGCUGGGACCAGGAGGUGUCACAAUCUCCCCGUAAGGCCCCAGACCAAAUCCAGGAGGAGUCUCAGCCACUGCUGUUAUGGAGUUGUUCCACAGCUGCUUAUCACUACUGGAUGUGCACUUGUCUGUGUCACCCCUGUGUCAGUCAGUGCUGGGCUCAAGGCUGUGCACAGGGGCUCCCUUCAAUCAGCUCCCCUGGUCCCCCCCACUCCUCUCUGCACUCAGACCUGCUCACCUUGCAGCUGCUGCUGCUGCCCCCUGAAUGUGGCACUCUGGGGUGAAGCCUCCAGCAUCACCACUGCUCCCACGGGACAUCCCAAAGGUUGGGAAUGUGACACGGAAACCAAACUGCACCCGGUACCGAGCAGCUGAUAGAUGGAUGUGCCCAGGCAGGUGUGUAAAGAGAUCUUUCUUUCCGGACAAUUCAAACUUUUGCCUUACUGCACUUCUGUCAGCGCUUUGGGGGUGGAGCCGCGCCCAGCCAGGCCCGGCCUGGGGCGGGCCCGGCGGGAGCCUCCGGCCGACGGGGCCACGGCAAGAAGCGAAAUAAACUGUGCGAGUUUUGGA